ACGAUCUUCUAUUUGCAAUCCUUACGACGUAACCGUUGAAUGGAUCGAUUCCCCUUCUCUAUGAUCCUACGACGUCCCUAGUAGCGGUCAAUAUGUAUUAAGUUUUGUGACGCUAAUAGAACUCAGUCUAAACUAGUCUCGAGUAAUAUAUUUUUUUUCUAGAAGGCAAUGCGAGUUUGGGGCCAGCUCAGCCGAAAGUUUGCCACAAGGUGGCGGUGAGGCCGGAAUGUGAAUGUCAGAGUUAUUACAAAUUAAUUAACUCAUUUUUCUUGAUGGCAUUGAUUAAUUCUGACCCGAAAAGUCCAAACCAUUCCUCUAAAAGUCUCUCUGAUUUGUGGCGGAAGCUUUGACUGCCCGCAAUGGCGGAAGCUUCUUGUUCACCAUAUGAUGUAGAAAUUAUAUGUGGUCUUGCUCAUUUUAGCUUUCUACGUCGAAGGAAAGGGAAAGGAGAAAUUAUUGUUGUCCCGUUUUCCCCCAAUUUUGAGGUUGGUCAAAUGAGCAGCAGCACGUGAUUAGUCAUUUCAGCUUUGGGUUAAUUGCAUGUUUGGUCACUAACUUUACAAAAACCGUUCAGUUAAGUGAUGACGUGGCUGAUGGAUUCGCCUAAUUAUCACCUUUUAACCCGAAAAUUUACUGACCAGACCCGACCCGCCACGUCAUUUAAACCCUCCAUGUCAGCCAAACCUAACCAAACCAGGCCAAACCCGACCCCUAAAUAAAGUAAUUUCUUUUUGCAGUGAAAAGAAUACCAUAUAUUCAAUGUGUGGACUACAUUUUCCCCAUCACUGUUAUUUCUGAGCAUUAUUCGAAGCCGACGCACCAAGUCGCAUUCCAAGUGGUGGCGUGCCACUAAUUAUUCCAAGCGGGAAAGCAAUGCAAAUAAAUAACCCAUCUCCUAGAACUGUAAUUAGCAGCUGCAUAUAGCUAGCUUACAUUUUGCUUCAGCCAUGGCCAAGUCUCUCCAGAUCUCUUCCUCCCUCCUGACUCUACUCGUCCUCCUAACCUCCGCCGCCCUCUCCUUCUCUCCCGUCGCGGCCGCCGCGAAGCCGAAAUCCCACGACGGAUUCUCCCGGCGCCUGUCUCCGGCGACGCUCCGCCUCAAGAAAGAGAAGCUCAGCCACCUCCGCUUCUACUUCCACGACAUCGUCUCCGGGCCCAACCCAACGGCGGUGCAAAUCGUACGGGCGCCUCCGCCCAGCGUCUUGUCCACGGGCUUCGGCAUGCUGGCGAUGAUCGACGACCCGCUGACUGCCGGGCCCGAGCCCACUUCCAAGGUGGUGGGCCGGGCCCAGGGGAUGUACGGGUCGGCCGCGCAGAACGAAGAUGGGCUGCUGAUGGCCCUCAACUUCGUUUUUGUGGAAGGGAAGUUCAACGGGAGCACGCUGAGCGUCCUGGGGAGGAACGCGGUGAUGUUGCCGGUGAGGGAGAUGCCGGUCAUCGGCGGGAGCGGGGUGUUCAGGUUUGCUAGGGGUUACGCUCAGGCCAGGACCCGGACUUUCAAUCCGACGACCGGAGAUGCUGUGGUGGAGUAUAAUGUUUAUGUCUUCCAUUACUGAUAUAAUUUCACACUUUCACAUUUGGCCUUUUCCCAAAUUUUGCUACUACAAGUCUCUACUCAUUUAUACUACUAUUAUUUUCACACCUCUAUGAACUAGUAUAGUUAUCGUAUAGAGCAAACUUCCAUAACUCGCAUAUAAUUUGAGUUCGUUGAUCAUGCUAUUGUAUUCCAUUUUGUACUUCAAAAAAGCAUUUUUCACUUUUUUGGUUCUAUAUGAAUUGAAGGUGAUAAUGUUACAUAGAGUUUCUUAUAAUCACAUUUAAAAAUGGGUUUGGUUCACAUGUUCAACCCAACUCAUGUUAUUAUGUGAUUGAAAAUAUAUACGAAAUAUAUACCUGCACAAUUAACAAAUAAAUAAAUCUAAGGGCUUAUA